GCCUGCGCGGACGCCGGGCUAGGCCAAUCUCAUAGAUCGUUCGACGCGUGCCAAUUUUAAAUAGCAUUUUUAAGCGACCUUAAGAAAAACAAAGGUUUAUUGGUUUUAUUAAAAAGUCGAGUGGUGAAUUUAUGUGCAUUAAAUUGGAAAAUAAAUACAGUUUACAUACAGUAAUCCUUUAGGGAACGUGAAGAACGUGUGUGAUUAAAACUUGAGUGGGAGUUUUUUUUAUAAGGUCAAAAUGCCGACCGAAGUGGUGUUUGGCGUGAACGAAAAAUGGCGAAUCAACCGCAACAUCUUCGUCCUAGGUUUCGCGUUCAUGGUCCAGUUUACUGCCUUCCAUGGUGCUGCUAAUCUUCAGAGUUCUGUGAACAGUGAUGCAGGUGCUGGGGCGUUUACCCUAGCCGCUAUAUACUUCUCUCUAAUACUGUCGAAUAUACUGCUGCCUGCUGUGGUUAUCAGAUGGCUGGGCUGCAAAUGGACAAUAGCGUUGUCCUUUCUAGCGUACAUGCCGUUCAUAGCGGCGCAGUUUUACCCAAAACUCUACACGCUAGUACCAGCUGGGAUGAUGGUUGGCUUUGGAGGUGGCCCUUUGUGGUGCGCAAAAUGCACUUUUCUGUCUGUGGUAGCGGAGCCCUAUGAGCGUCUGUCGGGGGUGCCUGCAGACGUGCUGGUAGUGCGGUUCUUCGGUCUCUUCUUCAUGUUCUACCAGAUGGCGCAGAUCUGGGGCAACCUCAUCUCUUCAGCCAUUUUGUCAUCGUCGCUGGGCGAGGUAGUGACAUACGCCAACGAGACGAUAGCCCCGACCGCAGCCGCGCUGGUUAGCAACAUCACUGCUCCACAAGUCGACUUUGGCUCCAUCUGUGGAGUCAACUUCUGUAGUGGAAGCGAGGCUCAUGGGAACUCGAACCUUAAACCACCAUCGCCUCUGAAGAUCCAGGUGAUAUCUGGCGCGUACCUCGCCUGUAUGGCUUUCGCCGUCAUUUUGGUCGCUUUCGGCGUGGACUCCCUUAAAAGGUAUAGCACCAAAAGAUCGUGUGAAGGCAAAUCUGGACUUAAACUUCUGGCGGUGACGUUAAAGCAACUCCAGCACCGGUAUCAGCUGCUUUUACUGCCCGUCAUUGGAUAUAUCGGUGCUGAACAAGCGUUCAUGGCUGCGGAUUUCACACAAGCGUUCGUAGGCUGCGCGUUCGGCAUCAAUAACAUCGGCUUCGUGAUCAUCUGUUUUGGCGUGUUCAAUGCUCUUGCGGCGCCCAUCGCUGGUGCCGUGGUCAAGCUGACCGGCCGGUACCCUGUCAUGGUCACUGCUUUGUUGCUGAACAUAGUUCUGCUGACUGCGCUGAUUCUAUGGCGGCCGAAUCCUGAGAACUGGUUGGUGUUCUACCUGCUGGCAGCUAUUUGGGGCACUGCCGAUGCUGUGUGGCUUGUGCAGGUCAAUGCUCUGUCUGGAAUAUUGUUCCCUGGCAACGAGGAAGCCGCGUACUCAAACUUCAGACUUUGGGAGGCCACUGGUAGUGUGCUCUCUUAUGCCACAGCGCCAUAUCUUUGCGUGAGGACGAGGUUAUACAUCCUAGUAGGCUUCCUACUCCUGGGUUUCACCGGCUACACUACCAUCGAGCUGAUGGAAUACAAAGUGAAGAGAGCGCAUCAGCUUGAAAGGAACUUCGAGCUGGUUGACAAUGUUGAUAAGAAGGGGGACGAUUAAGCUAUAGCUUGACAAUUUAAACGCCAAAACCACAUACUUAAAGCUCGGCCACACAUGCGCGUUUUGAGAGCGUAGGUGGAGCGUUUGCGGAGCGCAAUGAUAGCGGUGCGCCGGACGAACGCUGGCGUUGCGCCCAGCGGACG